CAGAGUGCGCACUGGAGACUGCGGAUCUCCCAAAUCACUAUGUCCAGAAGAUUUUUGGGCCACUUCCAGGCUGGAGCAUCUGAGGUGAAUGAAAGCGACUCCAUUCUCGCCGAGGGGUGCAGAGAAUCGUGCAUGGAGCAGUGCGAAAUGGGAACAGAAAAUUGCACUGCUGGUAAGCUUUCAUCGCCCUCACGCGGACCUCUCUUCGAUGGCGUGCCGGGGCUCCCCGACUCUCUGCUUCACUGCCCCAGACUUCGUCUUAUUCGUCUCCGGCUACUCCAGCGGGUGCUGAGAGAUGUGAGAGGUGUUGCGCGCUGUUAAUCCACUGAUCGCAUGUAUGCUUUGUAUAGUACGAGUGAAGCGAACGUUUGCGAAGAUUGUACUGUGCGCUGCUGGUAGCGAGAGGAUCCGACAGCACCGUGGAGGGAGGCUCGGACGCUCUGUUUUUCAGUUUGGAGCAGAGUAAGGAGUAAGAAGGAAUAGCCGGUGCUUGAACGCUGAUGUUAAAUCUGUCCACUUGAGAUUGGAUAGUGUCUCUCCUUCUAAGGUGGGUGCGGGAGAUGCUGGGGUUUCAUUACUGCGUCAACGUCAGAAACUUUUUGCCGUCACAGCAGAUUUUACGGGGACAGCAGACGGACUUGGGAACGCUUUUCAGCGUCGGUGGCUGCUUGCACCGUCGGCUGUGUGAGCUGUCUGGGCGUUCGACGUGUGGCUUACUGCUCGUCUUGCCUGGGCCGUUGGGUAUGUGUUGUGUCUUGUGUUCCAGGCUCUAAGACCCGAGGUCUAUCUCUGUUGCAAUCGGAGCUUGGCCUCGAAACAGGCGUCGGGGCGGGGAUGUGGAGCCUUCUACUGUAACCCUGGUCCCAUGGUUUAUCUUUAGUCUCCUGGACUGCUUCAAGGCCUGCAAACUGGAGUAGCUGUGCUAUGUGGACGGGGAUGGGGCCCCCACAGCCGCUCUAAGAACAUGUGUGCCGUGCCGGGAGCAAACAUUCAGCGUGGAACAGUAGUCUGGAGGGUGGGAAGGGAGCUCGUGGUGUGGGGAACUUGGGAGGUGAGGUUUGAAGUAUUCGUCAGUGGUGCCUUCAGGUCCUAACUAGUGACACGAUCGAAGACAUCGUAUUGCAUUUGGAGUUGUUAGAAUCCCGUUUAGAUUUGCUUCUGAAUGAAGCGCCUUUGGUGGAAUACCAGAAUGAGGUCCUCUGCUUGACGUUGCGGUUGUCAUGGGUCUCUAGUGCUGGCUCUGCUGACAUCGCCGUUGGAGCUUAGUGCUCAAGUUUGUUUUCUAGUGCAAGAAGCACAGUGUUUCUGCAGGUACGGAAUGUUGGACUUUGACCUUAUGGCUGGAUCAGUGUUGUGUUGACAUUAGUACCCAUGUUGUGUGAACAGAUUAAUGUUGUUCAUGUGGGUUUACCUUUCAUGUGUGAAUCGAGUUUGUGAAUCCUGUGGUUGAUGUUUUACUGGAGUGAAUUGCAGCUUUGUUGUGAUUUGCAGGCGACUCUCUUAAGACUGAUAUAGCAUGAUCUAUUUAGUUACAAGGCGCAUGGAUAUCGUUGUUGGUGGAGUUGAAUACGACGUGAAUAUUUUUGUUUAGCUACGAAUUGUUACUUCAUUAGUGAUGGAGUGCCUUGAUAUUCAAAUGAAGUAUGAAAAGGAUUCUGUUAUCUGGAUGACUGUGGGACUUGACGCAAAGGUUUCUGAUCUGUAUGAAAAGUUAGGAAGGUGUUGCAUUUUGGACAAUGGAGUAUCAGAGAAGUUCAAAUUGAUCAAGAACCAAGAAGAGCAACGCACGUUUUUGAAGAAUGCAUAUGCUGAGAAGAAGGUAUUUUUGAUUUUGGAUGAUGUUUGGGAGAAGCCAAAGUAUGAUCAUCAUGACAUGCUGUAUUGGUUAGAUAUCUCGCGAGGUCCAGGAUCUGCAACAUUGAUAACAAGCCGAAGUAAGUCAGUGCUUUGCAAAGUGCAAGCAAAAGUGGAAGUGGUGCUAUCGCUUCCGAAAGAGGAGAGUUGGAAAUUGUUUUGUUGUCAUGCAUUUGAGAGUGAUGGUGCUCUUCCGACUACUUUGGAGGAGUUAGCUCGAGAUGUUUGCGAAGAAUGUAAAGGCCUCCCAUUAGCCUUGAAGGUAAUCGGUAGUGCAAUGGCGGAUAAAGCCACUGUGGCAGAAUGGAGGUGUGCCUUACAUGAUUUGAGGCGGUCGAAACCCAUUGUGGAUUCUAAUGUGGAUGAUGAGCUCUUUGGUCGUCUUGAACUGAGCUACAAGGAAUUGAAGGAUGAUGCAACGAGGAUUUGUUUCUUGUACUUCGCAGCAUUCCCCGAAGACUAUGAGAUUGAAGCGGACAAACUUUUGAGGAUGUGGGUUGCAGAGGAAUUGUUUGGUUUGGAUCUUAGUGUAGAGGAAGCCAAGGAUAAGGCGAGGGCACAUUUGGAAAUCCUUGUAAGGCGGUCUCUGAUCGAUUGGAAUCAAGGAAGUAAGUAUGUCCACAUAUAUGAUGUUCUUCGAGAUCUUGCAAUGCACAUAAUUGGCAAGGCUGAACGUGGUGAAUGUGGGUAUGAAUGUUUUUUCCAAUCGAGAAAAGAGAAUGCCAUCAUUCCAGAAACAGAGUUGCUCAAAGAUUUGAAGAGGAUGUCAUUUAUGAGUUGUAACAUUUGUAAGUGGCCAGAGGAUCUACAAAUGCCUCAUCUUAAAGUUUGCAUACUUAGGGAAAUAUCUGAUAUACAAAGAGAAUUGUUGACAGACAUAUUUAAAAAGAUGCCAAAUUUGAAAUUUUUGGAUCUCUCAAGCAACAAUCUUUUAGAUGGACAGGUUCCCUAUUUUGGGAGCUUGGUAUCUCUCACGCACUUAGAAUUGCAAAGGAAUCCAUUUCAUGAAUUUCCAAUGAGUGUUGUCAACUUGUACAAAUUAGUAUCUUUAAAUGUUGCUAAAUGUGGAUCCUUGGAGGCACUUCCAGAGAGCAUCGGCAAUUUGAACUCUCUUGUGGACUUGGAUUUGAAUAUAUGUAGAUCCUUGAAGGCACUUCCAAAGAGCAUCGGCAAUUUGAACUCUCUUGUGAAGUUGAAUUUGAGAGAUUGUCAAUCCUUGGAGGCACUUCCAAAGAGCAUCGGCAAUUUGAACUCGCUUGUGGACUUGGAUUUGUUUAGAUGUCGAUCCUUGAAGGCAUUGGAUUUGAGAGUUUGUAAAUCCUUGAAGGCACUUCCAGAGAGCAUUGGCAAUUUGAACUCUCUUGUGAAGUUGAAUUUGUAUGGAUGUCAAGCACUUCCAGAGAGCAUCGGCAAUUUGAACUCUCUUGUGAAGUUGAAUUUGUAUGGAUGUCAAUCCUUGGAGGCACUUCCAGAGAGCAUCGGCAAUUUGAACUCUCUUGUGGACUUGAAUUUGUAUGGAUGUGUAUCCUUGAAGGCACUUCCAGAGAGCAUCGGCAAUUUGAACUCUCUUGUGGACUUGGAUUUGUAUGCAUGUGGAUCCUUGAAGGCACUUCCAGAGAGCAUCGGCAAUUUGAACUCUCUUGUGAAGUUGAAUUUGGGAGUUUGUCAAUCCUUGGAGGCACUUCCAGAGAGCAUCGGCAAUUUGAACUCUCUUGUGAAGUUGGAUUUGAGAAGAGCAUUGGGAAUUUGA